UCUGCACUCCAUCAUCUUUUCUUCUCUCUUCUUCCUAACCACACCACAAUCUAUUAUAAAAAAACUGCACUCACUAUCUUCUUACCUUUUUCUUUUUUCCCCUUUUUCUCUCAUUAUUGUGAAUCUGAUUACUAUUAUUACUCACUUUUUUCUGGGCACAGACACCCCAAACCAAAGCAAAGAAACUCUUCCAGAGACUGAUAUCAAAUAAUGUGUCUUCCCUUUCUGCCUUUUUAGGGUUACUUGCUCACUCAUUCAAUCUUCAUUCUUCUCUGCUGCACCUUUUCUUCUUCUUCCUUCCUUUUAUCAACAUGUUUGGCUUCUCUCGUCGUCGUAUGAAACUUGGCAGAUUAAAGGUGCAGCUUUCUGAGGCCAACCCGGGAACCAGAACUCCAGUCAGGCAACCCAAAAGAAAUGGAAACUCCAAUGGAGAAGGAGAUGCAGGGUCCAGUGGCCAUUCUGAUGAAGUUGAUUGUCUGCCUUCAGCUGAGAUAAGUAGUUGUGCAUCAGGUAGCUCAGAGAACUGGAUGGUGCUAUCUAUUGCUGGGGAAAAGCCCACUCCUAGAUCCAAUCAUGCAGCAGCAGUCAUUGGGAAUAAGAUGGUGGUGGUAGGCGGUGAAUCUGGGACAGGCUUAUUGGAUGAUGUACAGGUGCUGAAUUUUGAUAGAUUUUCAUGGACCAAGGCAUCGUCAAAGCUUUACUUAUCACCAAGCAGUCUGCCACUGAAGAUUCCAGCAUGCAAGGGCCAUAGUUUGGUAUCCUGGGGGAAAAAGGCACUUUUAAUUGGAGGGAAAACAGACCCGGGAAGUGACAGAAUUUCAGUAUGGGCAUUUGAUACAGAGACAGAAUGCUGGUCACUGAUGGAGGCGAAAGGAGACAUACCAGUUGCUCGCAGUGGUCAUAGUGUUGUUAGAGCGGGCACUGUUUUAAUAUUGUUUGGUGGUGAGGAUGCAAAAAGGAGGAAACUGAAUGAUCUGCACAUGUUCGAUCUCAAGUCCUUUACAUGGCUUCCACUUCACUACACGGGAACAGCACCUUCUCCUAGAUUCAACCAUGUAGCUGCUCUUUAUGAUGAUAAAAUUCUUUAUAUAUUUGGAGGAUCAUCAAAGUCCAGGACCUUAAAUGAUUUAUAUUCACUUGACUUCGAAACGAUGGCAUGGUCACGAGUAAAGAUACGAGGUUUUCAUCCAUCACCAAGAGCUGGUUGUUGUGGUGUCCUAUGUGGUACUAAAUGGUUUAUUACAGGGGGUGGAAGCAGGAAAAAAAGACAUGGAGAGACUGUAAUAUUUGAUAUUGUAAAAAAUGAAUGGUCUGUGGCGAUCACUUCUCCUCCAUCUUCUAUCUCUACAAACAAGGGUUUCAGCAUGGUACUUGUGCAGCACAAGGAAAAGGAUUUUCUUGUUGCAUUUGGGGGAUCCAAAAAGGAGCCAUCAAAUCAGGUGGAAGUGUUGAUAAUGGAAAAGAACGAAUCAGUAGUAGGGAGACAAUCAGCUCCCAGUAAAUGUUCAGCCUCUGUAUUACUUGAAAAGCAUUCAUCAUCUGCUAGAUUUGCCUCCCAACUUAAAGAUUGUUCCCAGCAUUUAGUUGACUCAGUUGCUAGACAAAAUCUAGCUUCUGCAAUUGAACAUGGUUCUGGCAGGAGAUCUCUGUCAGAAUCCUUGGUUGCUGACCCAAAUUUCCCCCCCACCAACACCUCCCUCCGUAAACAAUUUGAUCAUGAUGAAGAAUACAAUACUGAUCUCAAGAUGGACAAGAACUCUGAUGGAAGUUCUUUCCCUCGGGCUGGUGAUCACAGAACAAACGAAAAUGACCAUGGCAAACAGAUGAACACUGGUGGAACCAAGAGCAAUAUAGAGGAACAGGCCAUGUUAUCCGGGAUUUCAAACCAACAAAACCUAGUAUUUGAAAAUGACAUGCCAGAAAGUGAUAAUUUGUCAUUUUCUGAAAACAAUAAAUCAGCAUCAAAUGUCUAUCAUUACUAUGAAAGUAAAGUGGCUUCCCUGAUAAGGAAAAAUGGAAUUCUGGAGGGACAACUUGCAGCUUCCCUGGCAAGCAAAGAAGCUGCAGAGAAAAGCUUGACCUCUGUUCUUAAAAGUAAGCAGGAAAUGGAGAGGAAAAUGGCAGAUGCACAAAAGGAGAUGGAAAUGAUGAGAGAGAAGCUGGCCAGUCUAGAGUUGGCCCAGGAAGAGGCCAACAACCUAUCAAACAUUGUACAUUCUGACAACGUACGACUUGAGCAUGAUGUGGCCUUCCUUAAGGCUGUUUUAGAUGAUACUCAGAAGGAGCUGCAUUCUACAAGAGGAGUCAUUGCAGGAGAAAGAGCAAGGGCAUUUCAACUACAGUAUGAAGUUUUUCAUCUCAAACAGAGAUUGCAAACAAUGGAAAAUCGAGCAUCUACCACACCCAGGAAACCGUUUCAUGUCCAGUGAUAUGAAUGAAUAAUGUUCGAAGUAGCUCAUUCCACUUUAAAACUUCAUGUGUACAUAUAUUCGAUCCAGUGAAUCACACCACAAGUGCUGUUUUUUGCAGUAAAUAUAAGUUAAUAAUUCUAUCUAUAUUUGAGGUAAAUAAUUCCUUGGAUGAAGUUCAAGUUUGGUGUAAAUCUUAUUUAAUAACGUGAUUUCGUUUCUAACACUAACAAUAUUUUCAUUCCAGUAGCGACAA